AUGUCUACUACACUUGGAGCCUUUAUCGGCGGCGGCAUUGCAGCCUGCGGCGCCGUCACCGCGACGCACCCGUUCGAGACGGUCAAAAUUCGAAUGCAGUUGCAGGGAGAAUUACAACUCAAGGGCGCUCAGACUAUGCACUACAAGGGACCCUUCCACGGCGUCAGUGUGAUUGUGCGAAACGAGGGUCUCCGGGGCAUCUACCGAGGUAUCGGAUGCGCCUACAUCUACCAAAUCCUGCUCAAUGGGUGCCGCCUUGGAUUCUACGAACCCAUGCGCGCGGGGCUAGCCAAGCUGAUCCACAAGGACGAGAAGGCGCAGAAUCUCUUCAUUAAUGUGUUCUGCGGUGCCACCUCCGGCAUGAUGGGAGCUGCUGCGGGCAGCCCGUUCUUCCUGGUCAAGACUCGUCUCCAGAGCUACUCGCCUUUCCGGCCUGUGGGCACCCAGCACCAGUACCGCAACGCCAUCGAUGGCAUGACACGGAUUUUCAAGAGUGAGGGCAUUGGCGGCUUGUAUCGAGGCGUCAGCGCUGCCAUGAUUCGAACAGGAUUUGGUAGCUCUGUCCAGCUGCCCACCUACUUCUUUGCCAAGAGACGCCUGGUGAAGCAUGCCGGCAUGGAGGAAGGACCAGCUUUGCAUUUGGCAAGCAGCUCUAUCAGUGGAUUUGUUGUGUGUUGCGUUAUGCACCCCCCUGAUACUGUCAUGUCGCGUCUCUACAACCAGAAUGGAAACCUUUACAAGGGCGUCUUUGACUGCCUGAGCAAGACCAUCCGCACCGAGGGUUUCUUCGCCAUUUAUAAGGGCUUUCUGCCACACUUGGCCCGAAUCUUACCCCACACGAUCCUGACGCUCUCGCUGGCUGAACAGACGAACAAGCUGAUGAGAAAGGUUGAGGGCUUUAUCCUCCCAGACUUGGAUAAGGCUGCGUAA